AUGCAGCGCCGUCCGCAUUCGACUGGGAAGAAGGGCGAGGACGCGCACACACACGAGCACGAACACACGCACGAACACGAGCACGGCGAGCACGGGCACGACCACAAACACGGACUCUUCACCGGGCACUCGCACGAAGACCAUGCGCAAGAGGCCGAGCAGCUGAUCACUGCGCUCCAACGCGACGCCGGUCACUCGCUCAGUGACCUCCUCGGCGACUUUGUCGUCCUCAUCUGCUGGCGGCUGUCCCGCAAGCCCAGCUCAGAGCGCUAUCCAUUCGGCUACGCAAAAUGGGAGUCCGUCGGCACCACCACCGUUUCCCUCCUCCUCAUUGGCGGAGCCCUCGGCAUCGGCUUCCACUCCUACCACCUACUCCUCCAUGCUCUCUCCGACGCCGCCGCUACGAUGCCCGCGGGACCGCUGCACACCAUGCUCGUCAACGUGACCGCGGUCGCCCCCGACGUGCCCGAAAUUCUUGUUGAAGACCAUACCCAUGGCGUCGAUGUCAAUGCGGCGUGGUUCGCAGGGCUCAGUAUCGCUGCAAAGGAAGUACUAUACCGUGCGACGAAGAAGGUCGCGCUGGAAGAACAAUCACCGGUCCUGCUCGCGAAUGCCGUGCACCACCGGAGUGACGUGUACGGCUCUGCUGUCGCGCUCUUUGCCAUCUUGGGCUCCUGGGUAUGGCCAGCGCUCCCGCUGGAUCCGUUGGGCGGCCUCUUGGUCUCCAUCGUCAUCCUCAAGCAAGGCUUUGACCUGCUCGUCGGCUCCUGGAACGACCUCAUCGACCGUGGUGUUUCGCCUUCGACUCGGAAUAGCCUGCGCAAAUCUCUCGAGCCCCUCAUGGUCUCCCGCGCGACCACCGACGCCGAGGUCGCCGCGCUCUUGGACAUUAAAGAUAUUCGGGCCAGGCGGGCCGGGUCGGUGAUGUACGUCGACUUGACAGCCGUGGUCCCGGGCUCUACGACCAUAUCGGGUGCGGCAUCGUUGGAGGACAAGAUUACGGAGACGCUGAGGAAGGCGAAGAAGGAGGUGACGGAUGUGCGGGUGCGGUUCGAGCCGGAGGAGAGGGCGCGGCAGUCGUGAGAUGAGCGUUGUCGUGGUUGAACGGGGGUUUUGGGUAGUCUGUAGGUGUGUAUGUAUACAUAAUAAUAGGUCUUUCCCGCUGCGAGGCAACUGGCUUCGAUAAGGAUUUCGCAUGUACUUAAUGUGAAGGACCAUGGAUCACAGGUAUUUUUGAGGGGCAGGCUCGGGUUGUAGACCGUUAUAGAUACUUGUCCACUCCUCGCCCAGAGCAGCGCGUCGCACAUCGAUGGUGAUACCAGCCGGCGAUAUAACGCGGUGGGGUGGAAAAGCAACGGGAAGGUGUCGAAGGCCAUACGGGAUCCAGAGGACGGGCACAAGAGAUCCGUCAGCUGUUUCUGCGCGAAGCCACCCGUCCUCCUUUCGAGUAUCGGCCCGCAUGUACGAUGCGAUACACUCGGAAACGCUGCCGUGCAAUCGACGAGGACUAACCU